CCCUCUUUCAGCGCUAUUCCUACUUGAAAUUAAAUGAGACGGAGCCAAGCGUACCGGAAGUGAAAUAUUGCGCGAAAAUUGACAACAUUCACUACAAGGAUGGUUCAGGUGUACAUACAACUACCUGGUGGUGCCAAGGAUUGUCCAGAGUGGGCCAUUAUUGACCUCCAAGGCGCCCUUGAAACUCGACAUCCCGUGCCUCUUGGUGGAAAGUUCAUUGGUGAUUUGCAUUUCACUAAAAAGGAUGCACCUGUUCUCAUAAUUGGACAUCACAUCUUAUAUGGAAAAGUUGUGGACCUGGAAAAGCCCUUUGCUGUGUUGGCCAAGCAGUCACAAACACAAGGAGAUGUUGCUAUGGAAACCAAUCAAACAAAUAAUGGCUAUGUUGUUGAAGCCAUCAUAAAGAAGAAGAUACUCUUCAAGACACGACCAAAGCCAAUUAUUUCACAUGUUCCUAAGAAAUUAUGAUACAUAUGAGUUCUCUCAGUGUACAUGUAAUCAAUAUUAUAUAUUUAUUUGCAUAAAUGCUAUUUCCUUUUGUAACCAUGGUAACUAUUGUAAUGUAUAUGUAAAAUAUUAAUAUUUUAUAAACUCCAUGUAGCUGGAAUAUUGCUGAUAGGGGGGUUAAACAACAAACCAUCCAAAUCAACACACUCCAUAACAUGUUGUAAUUCAAUGGAUGAAAACCAGUUGAAAAAUUAAUGUUUGAUCAUAAAUUAUUGUGCUAUUAGUAUUGAAAUGAUUCCACCACUUUGUCCCUCCUCA